CAGACCUCGUUUUCUAUUCGUGUGUGUUGAGCCCGUAUAAAAGAUCAUCUCUUAUCCAGUCUGCUCAUUUAGUGUGUUAUUCAUACUGUGCCUAAAGUUAAACCAUGAAGAGCAUCAUCGUGCUACUGGCCAUUGCUGGUAUCGCUGCCGCCGGUCGCCCGGACACGGAAAAGGUCAUCCAGACGUUUAAGGAGAUCGCUCCAUUGUACAAACCUUCUAUACAGAAAGCGCAAAUCAUCAUCAAUGCGAUCAAAGCCAACGCGACCAACCAGCUGGCUGAGCUUCAUCUAACCAUUAUCGGCAAAAAGGAGCAAUACGUACAGCAGGUAAUUGGGCGCGAGGAAUACAUCCUGCAGCAAAUUGGAGCGCAACGUAAAGCAGACCAGGUGUGUAUGGGCUUCGUACGUACGAGUAGUGAGAUGACCGUCAACCUAGCCGGUGUGUCAUUUACCAACUGCAUCAAUGCUGCGGAUGAUGCGAUCAAAACCAAGCUGGAAGAGUACUACUCAUAUCUGGGCGAUUACGAACAGCAAUUGUCGCUGCUACGCCUCCUAGACGUGUUCCGGGGCGAGAAUGUGUUCCACAGCCCACAGCCAAUCCUUGCGCGUUUGAACGAGAAAAUGGAAGCACUGCGUAAUAGUAGCAGCCUGAUCACGGACGUCGAGGUGCAGUUCAUGAUCGACCAGGUGACCCAGGAUAUGGUGGGAAUCCAGGAUGCUUACGGCAUAUGUAUGGAAAAUGCAUACGCUUUGCUGGGUCAGGGAUUAAACAUGUGUGAGUUGCAGCUGACGAUGAUAUGUGGCGCAGCACUGACAUGCGAAAUUGGCAAAGGAAUGGGUAAUUUGUGCACAAGUCAGUAAGCGGAUAGCCAGUAGCUAAAGAAGAUAUAAGUUGAUAUAUAUCUUAAGUUAUCUUAUCGUAAUAUCUGAUUACGAAUGAAUAAAUAUCUGCUCAUUGUCUGAUGAGUUAAACCAAGUA